AUGACAGACAUCCAAGACUUGCUUAAACAAUAUACGACCAUUGAUGCUCAAGAUACCAUUACCCCUGCCAUGAUUGAUGAUUGGCUACUUUCUGAAUUAUCCACUGCUAUUUAUACAUCUAAACUACCUCGCAUUGCUCCACGCCCUAUUCAUACUGCAAACACAAACUAUAUAUCCCUCAAUUCAAAGAGACCUUCUGACGCAAGCGAAGAUGAAAUAGCCCUCAAGAGACAAAAGAAUACAGAUGCUGCUCGUCGAUCAAGGUUAAAGAAGAUGUUAAAGAUGGAAACAUUAGAAAAAAGAGUAGCUGAUUUAGAGUCAGAAAAUCAAACUCUAACAACUCGUGUAGCCGUAUUGGAAUCAGAAAAAUCUGGAUUAGAAUCCAAAGACCAAUCAUUAGAGGAAAGGAUACGUGCGUUGGAAGAUCAGCUGGCUGAGGCGCAUAGGGCAUUAACACAAAGUAUAAAUAAAAAAAACUAA